GUACUGUUCUUCUUGUGUGUUCAAUCAGCAAAAAUAGCAGCAGCAGCACAUAAUCAGAGCUGAAGCUCCUCAGGAAGGAUCUGUCCACUGAAGAACUGUAUCUACAGGCCUGUAAGCUGCUGGGAGUCGUUCCUGUCAGAUACUUCCUCAGAAACCUGGGCUCUGCCUCCAUUAACCUCAACCAUCAUGGACUCGGUCCUCUGGGAGCAAAAGCCCUGGCCAUCGCUCUCGUGACAGACAUGCAGACCACAACCCUGGAGCUGGCAGACAACUUCCUGUUAGCUGAAGGAGCCAGAUAUCUCAUGGAGAUGCUGAGGGCCAAUUUCACCAUCCACAAUCUUGAUCUCUCUGACAAUCACCUUCAGUCUGCUGGAGCCGAGUGUGUUGCAAAGAUGCUCCUGGAAAACAUUUCCAUUAAAUCCUUAAAACUGUCAGGGAAUAAGUUUGCUGAAGAUGAUGCCAAAUGGUUUGCAGAUGCGCUUGCUAGCAACUACAGAGUGAAGGAGCUGGAUUUGAGUCACAAUCAGUUCUGCGGCAGAGGCGGUGAACACCUGGGUCAGAUGAUAGCAAAUAACGACGGUUUAGAAGUUCUUGAUCUGAGCUGGAAUCAUCUGCGAAUGAAAGGAGCUGUAGCUUUCUGUGCUGGACUGAAGGUCAACACCACUUUGAAACACUUAGACCUCUCGUUUAAUGGCUUUGGAAAUGAGGGCGCUUUGGCUUUGGGUGAAGCGCUAAAGUUCAACAAUACGCUGGUGCAUCUGGACCUCAACAACAACCGCAUCAGCGAUGAAGGAGCGAGCCUGCUGUGUAAGGGACUGGAGGCCAACGACACGCUCAGAGUUCUUCAGAUGGCGUAUAACUCAUUGACAGUGGAGGGAGCUCUUACUUUGAUCAAUGUGGUCAAGAACACACCCAAAACUGCCAUCGAGGAGAUCAAUAUAUGCAACGUGCUGGUGAAUGAGAGCUUCGUGCAGCUCUUGGAGCUGAUCUGUCAGGAGCAUCCCGGUCUGGAGGUGCAGUAUGGAGGUGUUGGAGGCUUCAUCGCCAAAAAGCCUCGCAAACGCAUUGACCCCAUGAAAGUCAUUCAGGAUUACCUUGAUCAUCGCAAGCUUCGCCUGUGGGACUUCUUCCGUAACAUCGACAAGGAUGGGACCAUGCGUGUUCCUGUCGUAGACUUCAGGAAAGCCGUUCAGCAAUCCAGCAUCCCAUUGGAGAAGUUCCAGAUUGAGGAGUUGAUUCAGAGACUGGACAGAGACCGAACAGGCAUAGUGGACUACAGAGGCCUGGCAGAUACUAGGAAACAGAUGAUGCGAGAUCACCGGCGCCAGUUGCGUAAAGUGGAGUCGCGGCAGAAGAAGGAGAAGCAGAAGAGCGACAGGAUCCUUAAAACAUUUGAGAGCGCCGUAGAGGCCGUCACUCCACGGAGCUCCAUGAUAAUAUCACCAGGUGCUGCCAAAGAGGACUCCAGCGGCCUCCAGCCAUUCUCUGCCACCCCGCUCAGCUCCUGGCAUCAUAUAAUCAUGUCCAACAGCAGCCGCUACUCUGUCAAUAACAUGAGCAGUGAGCAUGUUCAUCUUCCCAUGAUAGGGAACGCCUCGAGCUCAACAGGCAUGCGCUCGUAUUCCCAGCCAAAUCUUUUCGCCAGCAUCCCUAAACCAUCCAACUGCAAACCUGCUUCUGCCCAUGGAAUACACUCGAGGUCCAACCCGAGCGUGUCCAGCAGUAAACUCAGCCCCACAGCUAACCUGACCAGAUCCAGGCCCGCGUUAAACACUGAGCUAAACAGUAAAACAAAAGGUAAGGGAAAGAAAAAGAAGACCAAGAAAAGAAACGAAAAGAUAUAACACCAAAUGGACAUGGUGUGUUUGUGGAGAUGGAGAUUUUCAGUGAAUAAGGAUUUUGUCACAAUGUUCAGGGAGGUUUAUAAUGUGUCAGUGUUUUUCUGGAUAUGAGAUGAACAUCUCCGAAAGAAAAUGGAAAAAGGAUAAACUCCAAAUCUCUUAUGACGUUUUUUUAGUAAAUGAAAAUGAAAUUGCAAUCCAUGCUUUAAUAUUUUUAGCCAGUCAACUAGAUCUAAUCUGCAAACAGUUCAAAACUCUGCUGCUAGGCUCUUAAUGGUUAUUAUAAAACAUAAAUAUAUUACUCCUACACUCUUAAAAAUAAAGCUGCUUCAAAAGGUUUUUCAAGCAAUGCCAUAGAAGAACCAUUUUUGGUUCCACAAAGAACCAUUCAGUCAAAGGUUCUUUAAAGAACCAUCUUUUUCACCUUUUUACAAUCUGAAGAACCUACUUUCACCACAAAGAACCCUUUGUGAAACAGAAAGGUUCUUCAGAUGUUACAGGAUCUUUUUGAAACCAUUUAGACAGAGAGGUUCUUCUAUGGUAUUGUGAAGCACAUUUAUUUUUAAGAGUGUACCCUGGUCUUCCAGAAUUGGCUUUCAGUUUAUUAUAGGAUUGAUUUUUUAAACGUCUUUUAUUGGUGUACAAAUACUUGCAUGGA